UACCUCUUGUUGCUCCGAGACACAUAUCUUCUCAUUUCUCGUUUCUGAUCGUACUUUCGCGUGGUACUUUCCUUCCAAUGUUUCGCCGAUGGCCAUGCACAUGAAGUUCACCUAGUAUUCGUUGAGAGCGAUCAGAAAACUUUUAGUUUUAACACGUGUGGAUGGUUGAAUAGAGCUGAAUUUUAUUACUUUCCGAAAGAGACCAACUGCUUUAAAAUCGUUAAGUUUAAGCCUUAUAUAAAAAUCAACCCCUAAAAACGAUAUAUCGCUCAUAGUUCAACUAACACAAAGACUGAAAAUUUGUGCUAUAAUUGGAGACGAAAUUUUCUUGAUAAUGAGUCCUGUUUUGUGCUUCCGAACUACUGUUGCGUCCGAGCUAUAUAACAAAGUCAAGAAAAUCAGGAAAAAUGGGCAAAAUUAGGACGACUCAGGACGCUUUUAAAAAAUCAGGAAAAAAUCAGAAAAGUAGUGUCGCUGCGACUCCUGAUAAGAUAGAUAGAUAUUUAUCUCUCAAGAACAGAAGACAGCAUUUAUGUCUGAAAAAAUCUGAUACAUAUUUUGAAAAGAAGUAUGAUUAUGUUCAACAAGAUUUUCUACUUCGGAAGAUUUCAACAAUAAAUAUAAUUAUCUCGCAAAUUCUCGACUAUUUCAAAUCACUCGUAUUUAUUCUAAGGUAUGGCAUGGUAUUCAGAUCCAACCCUAUCCAAUCCUAACCAUUCCGAUCCAAUCCUAGCCAUUCGAAUGGCUCGGAAUGAGUUUUUUCCCCCUUAUGAAGAAUCAUGGUUGAAUCGAUCUGAUACGCGUAUCUUUUUUUUUUAACAAAUAACAAUCGUGGAAAGCAAAAGAUUUUUUCAUGUUCAGAUGUCAGUCACUGCCGGGUCGACUACCGGGUAUGCUCUAAUUUUGUACCCGACCCGGUAUUUUUUUUUACACCCGGCACCCGACCCGGCUGCAGGACAUUAAUCUUCACGAAAUUUCACAACUUUUUCGAAUGCCGAUCCAACCAUCCGACCUUAAUGAGUUGAAUUAAACAUUCCCAAAAUUGAGACAUUUUUCUUGGAAAAAAGUUUCCUCACAAAAAACGAUUCACUGGCGACAUUUCUUCGACAAUUACCAAUAACAGAUAAGUUCAUCGUAUUGAAUUAUGAAGUCUUUUUCCGGAGAAAAGCAUGUCAGUGAAUAAUAAUCUGGUGUUUUUAUUUUCAUUCGGAACCUUUUGUUUCAAUGGGAGAAGGGAAAAGAUAUUUGGAGAAGUUAAAAUCAUUUUUUUCGCCUAUCCAAAACGGUCGAAUUCAUUUCAUCAAAAUAAUAUCUCAUCACAUAAUUGCUAACAAUUUUUUAAUCUUUAUAUAAGAAAAAGAACUUUUGUUUUUCAAUUUACAUACCUUAAAUAACAUAUUUAGCCGAGCUAUGCUAAAAUGGAAAACAUUAAGAAGGUCGGCGUCGGUCUGGAGCUAGUCUUUGCAUUAAAGGUUUAGGUGUGUAGAUGUGACCUAAUAGAUGAUCUACAUCCCCAUCCCCAUAUCCACACCCACAAGUGAAAAGCAUAAUAUUUUCAGAGUUUAUCUCUUUUUUCAAUCAAAAAAUAGGCUUAACCUGUUCAAAGUAACAUUCCGAGGAAAGAACUCAUGAAAUAUUUCAUUUUUUUACGACUAAUACAAAAAUUAAUUCUAAGAAAAGAAUGUUCGAACAGGUGUUGUUUACUUUUCAUUUAUUCACAUCCUUCCAAAUGUUGUCAAUCAAUUCAUCAAUAAAUUAAGUGACUCUUGAUAAAAAUCAUACGAGACAAUUUUCAAAAGUCUUUCAGUAUCGAAAAGAACGAAAAAAAAAUAUCAUUAAGAAAAUUGUUACAAUUGUCAAUCUCGUUUAUUAUACAUUUUUCACUGAAUGAAAAUGAAUGUUCACUUAUUAAAAACAUCAUUCUCCUUCAUAGAAAAAUUCGAAUGCUAAACUUGCAUAUAUUUUCAUCAGAUUCAGACUUCUAUCGACAUGAAUGGACUCGUUUCAAAAGAAUUUAUAAGCUAUUCAGACUGUCAAACUCGAUCAAGUUUUUCAUACUAAUUAAUCGAUAAACAUAGGAAUUUGUUGAUAAUUGAUGCAAUCUUAUUCCGAUGCUUUUAUGACACACAAAUUUCGUUAUAUUUAAGAUAAUUGAAUGAGAUUCGAUUCGAAUCAUAAACGAAGAAUCUUGAGUAAAUCACUGAAAUUAUUUUCUUUAUAAAUAUUCAUAUGAAUUCAUUUUAGAUUAAGAUAUACACAGAAUAAAUUCUAUAAUUUGCGUGAUUUUCUUUCAAAGAAAAUGGCAACUGAAAAUGAAUCAAAUUUAUGUUCAAUUUGCAAUAAAUCUUCAGCUAAAUCCUUCUGUAUUGGAUGUAAAAAAUAUUUUUGUCGAAAGGAUUUCAAAGAACAUGAACGACAACUAUCGAUAGAAUUCGAUAAUGAAAUAGUGAGAUCUCAUGAUGAACUUCUUGAAGAAAUACAGAAAUUAGAAAAAUCAAACUAUUUAUCAUUGAAUCUCUUUGAUCAAAUUGAACAAUGGAAAAAUGCAACAAUCAACAAAGUAAAAAAAGCAGCAGAAAAAGUUCAACAUGAACUUACUGAAUUAAUAGAAAAACAAAGAAUAACAAUUAUAAAACAACUUGAACCAAUAGCAAAAGAAAUUCGUUCUCUUCGAGAAGAAGAAAAUAUCGUUGAAAAUGAUAUUGAUCGACUUAGACAAAAAAUCAAUGAAAUCCAACAAAAACUUAAACAAUUUACUCAAAAAGAUACAAAUAAAAUCAUUACUGUUAACAAUGAUGAAAUUGAUUGGAAUCGACUAAUUUACAUUCGACAACAAGAACAAAACUGUGAGUAUAUUACACUAAAAUAUAGAAAAGAAAUUCUCCAACGAAUCUGUCGAAUGUUAUUUGUCAUUCAAGGGUGUGGGCGAAAGGAAUAA